AUGGAGGCCCUGGGCUCGACAAAUAGGGGUUCGAAUAGUACAGGUUCGGGAGGGGACGCCGGCCAGCAGAUCGCCAUUGCGUCGUAUAUUAACCCUCUCGGAGACCCGGCUUCGUGGGAACGACUCUUAGCAUACGACACUGAGAAGGUCAGCGUAUUGGUUGCCAAUGUUAUGAACGAUCCAGAUUAUGCGGUCGAUAAAGACUGGGAAUCGGUGAUUGAUCAAGCUGCGAGUCAAGGCAAAAAGAUCCUUGGUUAUGUUCGGACUGGAUAUCUUGGCACUGGGCUUCGCAAAUUGAACAAGAUAUCGACAAGUGGUUCGAGCUAUAUGGCACCAGUCUCGGCGGUAUCUUUUUCGAUGAAGGCUGGCCAGAGUGUGGUCCCGACAAUAUUUACGCCGAUCUGUACGCAUACAUCAACAAUUAUACGAAGUGCAAACACCCCGGCGCAUAACUAUACAGUGCUCAAUCCUGGCUCGCCAAUAGCUCAAUGCUAUGAAGACACUAUGGAUACGCUGUUGACGUUCGAGAGCAGCUAUGAGACUUAUACAAACUCAUUCGUACCUAAUGAUUGGACGCCAAAGGAUCCCCGAAAGAUAUGGCAUAUUAUCUACAAAGUAUCACAGGAACAGGUUGCGGGUGUUGCUGCGCUGGCCCGGAGCCGUCAUGCAGGGUUACUGGAAAUUAGCGAUGAUGGCCAACCUAAUCCUUACGAUACUUUACCCAGCGAGGCUUAUAUGAAAGCAGUCAUGGACGAAGUAUCAGGUGGCAAGCCUAGCAUUGGUGACCCAGCUAAAGUUACUGGCUCCUACGUUGCUGGUCUUCCAAGCAACGCGGUCGUCUCCUCUUCGGACUAUAGCUCCGUCACACUCACCUGGUCAUCAGUCGCAAAUGCUCUUGGCUACGCAGUGUAUAAGGAUGGUGAACAGGUGCUGGAGCUGCCAGCCUCAUUGACCCGAGCUACGAUUGGCAUGCUCGACCCCGGAUCCUCUGGUAUCACCUUCGAGGUACGGACGAUCUUAGCUUCAAGCAGUGGAGGUAGCUCCCGGUUGAUCUCGGCGAGCACGAAAAGCCUACCAGCCAAUGGUACAAUCGUCAAUACUGGCUUUACAGGGGAUGGCGACACCGUUAUCUACAAAGCCGAUAUCCUGGUGCCAUACGCAUUUGUGCGGCUAUUCAUCGGCAUCAAACAAGAGUUAAAAGUAGGAUUUCGCCUACCCGUCCACGGGUGGCCGAUUGACAAGGCAGGCGUGGACGAUCUAGGUACCCAGUGGCACCAGGUCGUCAACUACCUUGUCGAAGGCAAUGUCUUUUACUCUGGGUUUUACGAAUACACUGGCACUUGGAAUUCUGAAUCCAAAGCCAAUACGGAGUGGUCGUGGUCUAUCGGUGUCGCGCCUCAAUCUCAGAGUGGUUACACGUAUAUGUGGAACGUCCCGUUGGCUGGCACCGAUGCUGUAGCCAGCGAAUAUCUAAUCCAAGGCCAAGGAUACGCCCCGAUAAACAAAGUUUGUAUGGGAACCCUUUAUAUGUAUAGUACAUUUUAA